AUGGAAUCGGCUGCUGAUGGUACAUCGUCGGCAGUACCACCAUCAUCAGCCCCUUCAGUCGACAGUACAGCUUCAGUGACGAAUCCAAUCAAACGAAGGAUCGACAAACUUGUUGCCAGUAAAUUGCAUAAUGAUCCCGUGAGUUUGUUUUUUUCAUAA